UAUCACAAACUUAUACUUAAGAGAACAACACACCUAGAACUACAUCCAAAGAUCAUACUCUAGGAAAAGAGAGAAUAUCUUCUUCCAUUCCAUGGAUAUAGAAGCAGCAGCCUCCACUAAUGUGGGAGCAGCAGCAACAAAUUAUAACCAUGGAACAGGAAAUCAUCAUAACAACCUAGUAGUACAAAAUGAUCGUGAAGAUGAUCUUCCAAAAACAGACAACCCCAUUACUAAAAAAAUAGUGAUAGAUUGGAAACUCAUAUUGUUAUGUCUCUUGUUUGCUUUUGGUUACAUAGGAGGACCCAUAUUGCAGAGACUAUACUUCACUCACGGCGGAGGCCGUAAAUGGUUUAUGAGUAUGUUACAAUGCGUCGGCUUCCCGGUGUUAGUAGCUCCACUUUCUUAUAUUUACAUAAAGAAAGUAAACGGACCAUCGUAUGAUGCUUCAUGGGUUUUCUUAAUGGAACCAAAGCUAUUCAUAUAUAGUGCACUACUUGGAGUUGCGCUAGGAUUGGAUAACUACAUGUACUCAGCUGGUCUCUUUUAUCUUCCUGUCUCAACUUCAUCACUCUUGUUCUCUACCCAGCUUGCUUUUACAGCUAUAUUUGCUUUCAUAAUUGUGAGACAGAAAUUCACAUUUUAUUCAUUCAAUUCAGUAGUUCUGAUGACUCUUGGAUCUGUUGUUUUGGCAUUGAAUACUGGUAGUGAUAAGCCUCCUGGUACUACUCAGCAACAAUAUUACAUUGGAUUCGCUUUAACUAUUGCCGGUGCUGCUUUAUUAGGACUCGUUUUGCCUUUGGUUGAACUUUCUUACGGGAGAAGUAGUAAACCUAUCACUUAUUCUGUUGUCAUGCAGUUUCAGUUUGUCUUGAGCUUGUUUGGUACUAUUGCUACCAUGAUUGGGAUGGCCAUCAACAACGAUUUUCAGGUUAUUCCAAGAGAAGGAAGAGAUUUUGGUUUGGGCCAAGGGAAAUAUUAUUUGCUGAUAGUUGCACUUGCAGUUGUUUGGCAGCUCUUCACUAUAGGAUUUUUGGGACUCAUCUACUGCACAUCAUCUCUUUUUGCUGGAAUUUACACUACAUGUUUACUCCCAUUCACUCAGGUCGCCGCGUCAAUUGCUUUCCAGGAGAAAUUCACCAGCCAAAAAGGAAUGUCACUUGCGCUAUGUUUGUGGGGUUUCGUUUCUUACUUUGCAGGGGAAUACAAGAAAUCCAAGAAACCACAGCCCAUUGCAUAUGAUAAAGACAAGUCAGAACUUUCAGAUAAUGAUGCAUAAAAACGUUAAUGGAAGGAAGUCCAUAAAACGUCAUAUAAGUAGCUUGAUUUAUAUUUGUGGUUAAUAUGAAUACAAGAAUCUCAUUUUUCAUUUUUCUGUAACAAUUUUGAGUAAUAAAACAUGAUCUAAUUCUUGGUCA